AUGCAAGAUCCGCUACAUGGACCGAACCCGCUAAGACCAUACUAUAUACCGCCGUCCAUCGGUGAGACGGCGUCGCAAAGCAUCAACGCGACAGCCGCCGCCAGCAAGUCUACCGCAACCUCAACCUCUCCAAGCUUCUCUUUACCUAGUCUCGAUUACUCAGACUACAUACCCGAUGCAUCGCCCUCGGCAAUAGGCUCUGUCAGAGGACUGCUCGACCAGGCAGUAUGGAAAUACACAAGCGUCGUGCUCGCGCAGCCAUUCGAAGUGGCCAAGAUCAUCUUACAAUGCAGAAUCGCCCAAGAAAGCGACCUCGAUGAAGCGCCUAGGUCACAACCUGGGUCAAGAACUGGCAGCAUUCAUGCUCAGGAGUACCACGAAGAGAGUGACGAGGAUGAGCCAAACUUCUUCAGCAGCAGCGGUCAGUUCGGCGCGACAAGAACGCCUUCGCCGCCUAGAGGACGGAGAGGUAGACCAACAGCGUCACGGCAGUCAAGUCAGCGGUCGAACAUACCACAGCAGCACUCCGAUACGUUGGACCUACACAACUCACAUUCACUAGUCGAUGCGCUAUCUGCCCUGUCAUUAAAGUCUGGCUCACUUUCAAUAUGGCGAGGCACCAACACUACAUUCAUCUACACAGUCCUCAACUCAACCCUUGAAACCUUCUUCAAGAGCUUCCUCGCCGCCAUGUUCGGCAUCGCCGAGCAGGACGUACUACUCUCUACGCCCUCCACAGUUCCAGACGCCGCCGUUCUGGCCUCCGUCGUGCCCACAGCAACAAUCCUGAUCGCCACAGCCGCGGCCGCCCUCUCAGCCAUCGUAUUAGCGCCCAUCGACGCUGCACGUACUCGACUCAUCUUGACGCCCUCGAAAGAAGAACCUCGAACCCUUCUGGGCUCCCUGCGAACACUCUCCCCCUCGUACCUAAUCCCUCGGCAUCUACUACCAAUCACCUUCCUAACAUCCACCCUCCCCACCCUCCUCUCAACUACAACCCCUUUCUUCCUCCGCUCAUACAUGGGACUCGACCCAGCGAUACACACAACCUCGUGGUCCGUUGCAACAUUCGCCUCAUCAGUCCUCGACCUCUCCAUAAAAUUCCCACUGGAGACCGUCCUGCGGAGAGCGCAGAUCGCUACAUGGACCGGCAUGCCUCCAACUCCCACCCGAUCAUCAUCGUCAUCAUCAGCGAAGCAGAAGGUCGUUAGUACCAUUGUCCAGGUACCGCAGAGCUAUAGAGGUGUAUUGCCGACGAUUUGGGGCAUAGUGCGUGAUGAGGGGUACUCGGAGAGCGCAAAGGACAAGACGGCGGCGUUGAUGGGCAAGGCGCCGCGGCGGAAGAGGAAAGGUCAAGGCAUCGAGGGGCUGUACAGAGGCUGGAGGGUGGGACUAUGGGGACUAGUGGGUAUAUGGGGCUCGGGCUUCGCAGGUGGUCUGCAGGGGAAUGCCGCGCCCGGGGGAAAUGGUGCGCAGGCUGGGAAGUUCUAG